GUCAGAAUAGCGCGUUGUUAUAUACACUUUUUUGUCGUCUGUGAAGACGGAUUAAAUUUUCUACUACGAAAUUAAAUCAAAUUUUUUAAAAAGCUGUGUGUUUUUCCAAUCGGAAUCAAAGCAAAAAGUGUAAAGUGUUGAAUAUUUGUAAUAAUUAUAUAUAGAAAAUCUGGCUAAAACAAGCCGAGCAUAUAUUUUCCGUUCAAAACGUGAAUACACAUUGUUCGGGCGUCAGAUCAGACGGCAGCCAAAUUAAGGAACAAAGCUAAAAUGGUGUGAAAAUAUUGCCGGAGACCGGGUUUUUUAGUGUACAACGGUCGUUUUUAGCUGAGUGAUUUUGUUGUUUAUGCAUUUUCAUUUUCGAGUAUUUAUUUUAUUCGCAUUGUGUUCAUUUUAAAGAAUCUCUUCGAUUUUUCACAAUUAAUACGUUUCACACAUAUUAAGUCGUAUAUAAACAAAAGCUAAGUUAUGUCAUCAACAGUGAGCAAACGUAAAGAAAUUUACAAAUAUUUAGCGCCAUGGCCUCUUUAUUCAAUGAACUGGAGUGUUCGUCCCGAUAAACGAUUUCGUUUGGCAUUAGGUAGUUUCAUAGAAGAAUACAACAAUAAAGUCCAGAUAAUUAGUCUCGAUGAAGACACCAGCGAAUUCAGUGCUAAAAGCACAUUUGACCAUCCAUACCCUACGACGAAAAUUAUGUGGAUACCAGAUUCCAAAGGAAUCUAUCCAGAUUUACUAGCAACCAGCGGUGACUACUUGCGCGUUUGGCGCGCUGGUGAGCCGGUUACCCGUUUGGAAUGCAUACUUAACAAUAAUAAAAACAGCGAUUUCUGCGCACCACUAACAUCAUUCGAUUGGAAUGAAGUGGAUCCCAAUUUAGUUGGUACCUCGUCCAUUGACACGACCUGCACAAUUUGGGGCCUAGAAACGGGACAACCCCAUGGUCGUGUCUAUGUUUCGGGACAUGUGAAAACACAGUUAAUUGCGCACGACAAAGAGGUCUAUGAUAUAGCUUUCUCUCGCGCUGGCGGCGGACGCGAUAUGUUUGCAUCGGUUGGCGCCGAUGGUUCGGUGCGAAUGUUCGAUCUUAGACAUUUAGAACAUUCGACAAUUAUAUAUGAGGAUCCCACGCAUACAGCUUUAUUGCGUUUGGCCUGGAAUAAACAAGAUCCAAAUUACCUUGCCACAGUUGCGAUGGACUCAUGUGAGGUUAUCAUAUUAGAUGUUCGUGUUCCUUGUACUCCAGUUGCAAGACUGAGCAAUCAUAGAGCGUGCGUCAACGGUAUUGCGUGGGCGCCGCACAGUUCCUGUCACAUAUGCACUGCCGGUGAUGAUCACCAAGCACUGAUCUGGGAUAUUCAACAAAUGCCGAGGGCAAUUGAGGAUCCAAUAUUGGCGUAUACAGCCGCUGAAGGUGAAGUGAAUCAAAUACAAUGGGGCGCGACUCAGCCCGAUUGGAUAGCGAUUUGCUAUAAGAAAGCAUGUGAAAUUUUACGUGUCUAGAAAUGGCAUAAGAAAGUAUGCAUGCGCACAUAUAUCUACACAUACACAAUCGCCACAGUUACAGCAAAAAGAAAAAACAAAACGAAAGAGAGAGGAAAAAAAAACAUUUAUGUAUUUUAUGUAGCGCGUAUAUGACGAAAAUUACAAGUAGCUACUAUUAUAUACUUUUGGUUUGAUACAAAAACAAAACAAGACACAAAAACA